AUGACUUCUAUCACCAUCUCCUCAGAGAGGGUCGCACAAGUGGAUGCGGUGGUCCGAAAGUUCGUCGCUGGCUUCCACAAACCAAUCGAAUCCAUUGACGAGUUUACUUCAAUUUAUUCUCCGGAUAUCGAGUGGGCUGAUCACGCCUUCCUGAUCAGACGCGUUGGACACGAAGCUGUCAUCGGUUUGCAACGAGGCUUUACUUGGUGUAACCAACCUUUCAAAGCUGAAAUCAAGACCAUCAUACCAACUGCGACAGGCGCUAUCUUCGAACAAGUAUGGGUUGGCCGACACGCAAAUGAUCUGGUCCGACCAAAUGGAGACGUGGCUGUCAAGGCCACUGGUAAAGAUUUCGAAUGCCAUGUUCUCAUGGUCCUUCAAAUCGAUGGCGGUGGAAUCAUAACUCGCAUCGACGAGUUUUAUAACAAACACUGGGAGGAUGGUAUCCGUGAACAGGACUAUCUGGUGAUGAAGGGUGCAAGCAUGAAGUCCAAGGUCUGA